GUCCUGUUUAUUCUGCCAAGUUAUUUGUGUAACUCGAUGCUCCGAAGUGAGAUAAGUUCUCAUAAAGUUCAAUGAGACGUAGUCAGAGCCCAGUUAUCACAAGCCAGUAUGGAUGCCAGGUUGUCACGCUCGUUGUCAAGAAGAAAAUCGAGCGAGCCUCCCGUAAUAAUGUCGGAGCAGUAUUACAUCGCAGUGAAAGCCUCUCUCUACUCCACUGACUCCACUGUCUUUGGGCUUGACCCGGUCGAGAUUUCUGCACUUUCCAAACGAUUCCCCAACUCGCAAACUCCUGUCUUCAACGGUGUCCUCAUCAAAGGUAACCCACUCCAAGUGAUCAACCUCCUCAGUGAGCUUGGCUACCGUGUUGUGUGCAGCUCAGGCGAAAGCGAGAUUGUCUGGACCCUCCGCAGAGACGUCCUGAUCUCACCUGGCCAGCCCACGCAACGGAGCUUGUCCGACCGUAUCGCGCCCAGGGACGCAAACAAAAAGCCAGUUCGCAGUGUCAAAUCCAUGUUGACACCUCCCACCAUUAAGUUGAACUUGAUGCCGCACGUCGUGGUGAAGGGGAAAGUGGAGGGUAUGGAGAGUACGGUGUUCGGACUUUCUAGAGCGGAGAGUGAAUCCGUGGCUCAUUGUCUUGUCACAUACGGAGGCCGUGUGGGACAGGACGGACAAGGCUACAAGCACUCACCGCUCUGUGUGAUCGCCGCGCUAGAGAACAUGUUCGGCUACCGCCUCCUCACCUCUACGAUGGGCACACAGCAGACAGCCACUAACUAUUGUUGUUCUAACAAUUUUACAUUUUUCAGGAAUACCAACAUGUGUGACCACAGUGCUUGUAGUCACCAACAAACUGUGACCUCUGUUCAGCAGACUUUGGAUGAAUUGGACUUUGAACGCGGCAUUUGGACAGCAGUAUUAGAUAAUGACGAAAGCAGAGUCAGAGCACUGUUAUCGAAGGGCACCUGUGUGGACACCAGGGAUAACGCAGGCUACACAGCGUUACACUACGCUGUACGCAAGGGGAACAUAAACAUGUGCAAGCUGCUUCUGUCUGCAGGGGCGAGCGUUAACGCUGUCACCAAGGCAGGACAGGCUACACCUUUGCACAGGGCUGCUAUGGCAGGCCAUGUGGACAUUGUUAUGACUCUGCUGAAGUCAGGUGCUGAUCCCCUUGCAAAGGAUGCCGAAGGACGGACUGCUGCUGAUAGAGCCCUAGAAAGUCAACACAAUGAUGUAUUUGAAUUGCUUAAGUUACAGUGAAUAUCUUCUGUAUUUGGUUUAGUACUGUCACGAACUAUUAAGUAAUACUUUGUUGAUCAGUUGUAACUUCCUCAAUAAUUAUCAAGUAAUAAAUUAUCGUAAGUCUAAGGCUGGAUUGCUGUUGAUAUUUUAGUAAUAAUUUUAUUUUGACAGAUUUUUAUUUAUGUUGCUUGAAUGUUGAAUGUAAAACAAUGAAAUCAAUGUUAACUGUUAAUCACUGUCAACCCGUGAAGCUGUAUAGGUCUGGGUAGAAUUAGUCUGUUAUAUUUUACGUUAAGCUUAUUAAUGUCUAGAAAUAAAGUGUUUCUAAUUAUUUUCUUUAAGAUUUCUGUGAGAUUUUGUAACUUUAUUUAUUUAUUGAAUAUGGAAAAAGCUUUUACCAUAACCUUCUUCAGUUAGAUCCAUAUUUUUCAAUCUAUGCCGACGUUAAUCAUAAUGAUAAGACUGCCGUGACGUACUAGUCAUUUGGUGAACAAUUUAUAUUUCAGGAUGAAUCAAUGUUGACAAAUACCAGUUGAUAAAGUUCAUUUAUGAUCAUAUUAUGAAUUGUGUUAUGUUUAGUAUAGAUUUUAAAUAGAUAGUGUAGUCACAUUAUUACUUUUCUGUUAGGUCAUUUGGUCUUUAAUAAUGUAAAGAAAGCAUAAUUUGGUACAAAAUCUAAUUUUAUAAAACCGUGCACUUUCAGUUGUUAGAUUUGUGUAUUAUUGUUAUGUAAUUGAUGUUGCUUUGUUUUCCUGGUGAUUUCGGUGUUAAGUUUACAUCUUCAAUAUAAAUAUUAAUACUAUAAAAAAUCAGUACAGUAAUUUAUCACAUUAAAAUUUAUUUUUCCUCAAGAAAAUAAACUUAAGUAUUGAAAAAGUUCAACAGAGCUUAUAACGUGGAAAACUAUAAAACAAAGAUGGAUAGCAGCACUUUUGUGAACACAAUGAAGAGUCCCUGCCAGAGGUGGCAAUAAUUAUAUAUUGUGUUUAGGUAGUAAAAAAAGGUGUUUACUUUUAGUUCUAAGUCUAUAUCCUUUAACGCAAUAUUUUGAUACUUUUUUACUAAUAAGGUACUCAGGUUAGGUCAAACAAUUGGUUACCAUUUUACAAAGAGUUUAGCCCCAAACAAUAUUAAAGAAAUAAAUGUAUUUUAUGAUGUUUUGGUAUUGAAUAGUACUGUAUUUUGAUACCACUUUAUUAAAACCAUACACGUGAGAACAGUAUUCCUGAGGGCAUCCUGCCCCUCCUGAUAGUGUACCCAUAUCAAUCACGAUAGAUAUAUCCGUGUGCCCCUAGAACCUCAUAUGUAGCUUUUCUCAAACAAAGGUUUUCGAGUCAAUUAUUUUUUUAUUUCUAUCUUAUUGAGCAAUUAGUAAUAAUUUAGACCUAUAGCAAUAGAAUUUUGCUUUGAUGUAAUAACAAAUAAAUGAAGAUACUGUUGUUGA